AUGUUUUUCUUAGGAGCUAUAUUUGAUAAUCAAGAUAUAUUAUCUCGUCAAGCAUUUGAAUAUUCAGUAGCAAAAAUCAAUAACCAAUCACAAAUAUUGAAAAAUUCUAAGAUUGUCGUCACCCAUAUUGAUGUGGUUGAAGCACACGACAGUUUUUCGGCAUAUAAACUGGUAUGUGGACAAUUAGAAACUGGCAUUGCUGCAUUAUUCACGGGUCAACUUACUCCAUCAUUAGAAUUUGUUAGUUCAUUAACACGACAAUUACAUAUUCCGUUUUUUCUGUCAUCACCCGAUUCACAAACUAAAGUUGAAUAUUAUACAAUAAAUGUCUAUCCGCAUUAUACAGCUACUAGUCAAGCAUAUAGUGAUCUUAUUAAAUUUCAACGAUGGAAUGAAAUAGCCAUUAUUACUGAACAUGCCAAGAAUUUACUUUAUCUUCAAGAUCUACUUAAAAUAUCAUCGGAUAAAAAUCAAAUGACAAUUACUGUACGACAGCUACAGGGUCGACCGGGUGUCGAUAAUUGGUAUAGUUUACUUCUACAAUUGAAAGAAACGGGCAUUUCAAAGUUUUUAGUGGACGUAAAAACUGAUAAUCUUCAUGAUUUUUUUCGACAGGCAAAAAUGGUUGGUCUUAUUGGCCCUUAUUAUGAUUUUGUAUUGACAUCAUUUGACGUUUCAGUCGUUCAAUGGGACAAAAUUUUAUAUACACUAGUUAAUAUAACUGGCCUACAGUUUUUCGGUCGAGACGAUCCAGCUGUUAGAGAAUUCUUCGAUAAAACUGUUCCCGGCGCAGAUAUUCCAGUUCACCACAAUGAAUGGUCAUUACGAGCACCAGCAGCAUUAAUGCACGAUGCGGUUUAUUUAUUUGCUCGAGCAGUUAAUAAGUUCGUGGAACAACAUUCAUUUAUAAUCACACCAUUAACGUGCCGUGCACAAGAACCAUGGAUACAUGGUUCAGCAUUUUCACUAUUUAUUAAAACAUUUGAAGCUAAUGGGAUAACAGGAAAAAUAAAAUUCGAUGAAAAUGGUUUACGAACGGACGUAUCAUUUGAAGUUGUUGAUUUAGUCGCUGAUGGUGUUAAUAGAAAUGGAUUUUGGUCAUCAAAUCUUCCAGAUAGACUUGAAAUUCAACGUAAUUUUACAAAAGAUUAUGAAGUAAGAAAACAAGAAAUACAAAAUCAAGUACUGAAAGUAAUAUCACUUCUUGAACCACCUUAUGUUACAUUGAAUCGAAAUGCAACGAAUGGAACACAAAAAUAUGUUGGCUUUUGUAUUGAUAUUUUAGUUGAUUUAGCUGAACGACUUAAUUUUACAUAUGAAAUCGAAAUAGUCAAAGAUAAAACAUUCGGGAAAAAGAAUGAAAAAGGCGAGUGGAAUGGUAUCAUAGGAGAAUUAGUUUAUCGAAGAGCCGAUUUAGGUUUAGCUGGAUUAACAAUCACGUAUCAACGUGAACAGGCUAUUGAUUUUACAAAACCGUUUCUAACACUUGGCAUCAAUAUUUUGUUUAAAAAAGCAAAACAUGUUAAACCGAAAUUAUUCGGCUUUUUUUCACCGUUAAGUUUCGAUGUAUGGUUAUAUAUGAUUGCUGCUUACUUUGCCGUUAGUUUUUCACUCUACGUGGUUGCAAGAUUAUCACCAUAUGAAUGGCGUAGUCCAUAUGCAUGCCGAAGAACUAUUGAUGAAUUAGAAAAUCAAUUCACAUUAUUUAAUUCAUUUUGGUUUCUUAUUUGUAAUAUUAUGCAUCAAGGUACGGAUUUAAAUCCAGUGGCAACAUCAACACGCAUGAUUAGUUGUCUUUGGGGAUUUUGUACAUUGAUUCUUGUUUCAUCUUAUACAGCUAAUCUCGCGGCCUUUUUAACUGUUCAACGUAUGCAAACGCCGAUUGAAAAUGCUGAAGAUUUAGCAUCACAAACAAAAAUUACUUAUGGCGUUCAACGUGGUGGUUCAACGGAAAAUUUUUUUCGUGAAUCGAAAAUUGCCACCUAUGAACGAAUGUGGCACUAUAUAUCGGCUAAUCAUGCUAGCGUUACAGUGGCAUCAAGCACUGAAGGCAUCAAAAAAGUAUUAGAAGGCAAUUAUGCUUUUCUUAUUGAAUCAACUACAAGCGAAUAUAAUAUAAUGAGAAAUUGUGAGUUGACAUCAAUUGGUGGUUUGCUUGAUUCCAAAGGUUACGGAUUCGGUGUACCAGAAAAUUCACCUUAUCGAGAUAUAUUAAGUGAUACAAUUCUUAAACUACAAGAUGAAGGCGUCAUACAAAAGUAUUAUAAUAAAUGGUGGAAAGAAGAAGCUAAUUUAAAAUGUGACGAAGAAGAUAAACGAAAAGAACUAGCUUCAGCAUUAGGUUUUGCUAAUAUCGGUGGUGUAUUCGUAAUACUUGCUGUUGGUUUAGUUCUAUCAAUGAUUGUUGCAGCAAUUGAAUUUUAUAUUAAAAUACGUCAUAGAAAUAGUGGACAGAUUACAAUCCGUGAAGAAAUGUCGCAAUAUUUUCGUUACGCUCUUUUCAAUAUAAAAUCACACAGACGACGAAGCACCCAUGUUACUGGUCAUAUGUAA